AGGCGACUAAUAUACACACUUUACAAACAAAUUGUUACUCUUCACCAACAAGUUUCCAGCAAAAUUAUGCACAAAUUACACCUUAGAGAGAUUCCUUAGCCAUUGAAGAUGGCGAGAAGAAUUUCUCUGUGUUACUUUCGCAACUGUACUCCCUUUAUCUCUUUCCUUACAAUCAGAGCUUAUUGUUCAUCUCAAAGUAUUACAUCUAUUUCAUUAAAGGGUAAACUCGGGGUAAAUACCAAGUUUGAGAACGUCAAUUGUUUAGAUGAUGCUGUAACUCUCUUCCAUGAAAUGGUCAGAACACAUCCUUUUCCUUCUGCUGUAUACUUCACUAAAUUAUUUAAGACUAUGCUAAAUAUGAAGCAUUACUCUGCUGUUGUUUCUCUUUUUGGAGAAAUGCAAAAAAUUGGUAUUCCUAUUAAUGGAUUCAUAUUGAGUAUGGUGAUUAAUAGUUAUUGCUUGAUGCAUCGUGCUGAUUGUGGAUUUUCGGUGUUACCCAUUUACUUGAAGAAUGGCAUUCCAUUUAAUGUUGUUACUUUUAACACACUGUUAAGGGGAUUGUUUUCUGAAAAUAAGGUCAAAGAUGCAAUUGAAUUGUUUAAAAAGUUGGUGAGAGAGAAUAUUUGUGAGCCCGAUGAAGUCAUGUAUGCAACCGUCAUCAAUGGGCUUAGCAAAAUGGGCCAUACUGAAAAAACUUUAAGUUUGCUCCGGUUAAUGGAACAAGGGAACACUAAGCCCGACAUAUGGAUCUACAGCAUUGUCAUAGAUGCACUUUGUAAAGAUAGAAACUCAGAUGCUGCUAUCAAACUUUUGAACGAGAUGAAGCAGAAAGGCAUUCCUCCUAACAUAGUCACAUAUAGUUCAUUAAUUGAUGGUUUGUGUAAGCUUGGUCAGUGGGAAAAGGUUAAGACAUUGUUCUCUGAGAUGGUGAACCUUAAUAUUUAUCCAAAUGUGCGCAUCUUCACCGUGGUGAUAGAUGGACUAUGCAAAGAAGGGAGAGUCGACGAUGCUGAGGAAGUAAUGAAACACAUGGUCGGAAAAGGUGUAGAGCCUGAUAUUUUCACCUACAAUGUGAUAAUGGAUGGAUAUUGUUUGUGUGGUCAAGUGGAUAGAGCAAGGAGAAUUUUUGAUUUCAUGAUAGAUGAGAACAUUGAACCUGGCAGUAUUAGCUAUAGCAUACUAAUAAAUGGAUACUGUAAGAAAAAGAAGUUGGCUGAGGCCAUGCAAUUGUUUCAUGAAAUUUCUCAAAAGGGAUCAAAACCUAAUGUUUUUACCUACACUACUAUCUUGCAAGGCUUGUUUGAUGUUGGAAGAAUUGGCUCCGCAAAAAAGUUCUUUGACGAGAUGCUAUCUACAGGGCCCAUACCUGAUUUAUACACUUAUGGCACUUUGCUCAAUGGUUAUUUUAAGUAUGGACUUGUUGCAGAAGCUAUAUCACUCUUUAACGAGUUGGAAAGAAAGAGAGAAGAUGCUGAUAUUGAAUUUUACAAUGUUGUCAUUAAUGGUUUGUGCAAAAAUGGUAAACUCGAUAAAGCUCUUACUAUUUUUGAGAAGCUUUCUUCAAUUGGAUUGGUUCCGAAUGUGAGAACAUACACUACAAUGAUAAAUGGAUUUUGUCUUAAAGGGUUGUUAGACGAAGCUAAAGAUAUGCGAAGAAAAAUGGAAGGUAAUGGUUGUUUGCCAAACAAUGUCACUUACAAUGUUAUUGUGCAAGGAUUUCUCAGGUGCAGUAGAAUUAGUGAAAUGAGAACUUUCAUGAAGGAAAUGGCUGGAAGAGGCUUCUCAUUUGAUGCAACUACAACCGGCUUUUUGGUAAAUGUUAUUAGGGAGAAUCCUUCUGUCCUUGACAUGAUACCGGAGUUUCACUUGAAAACUAAGAAGUGAAUAUUUCUUUCGCUUGGUUUAUUCGGCUACGCUAUUGCUAUGGUACAAUUUUCUUUUUAUCCCUGCAUAAGAAAUAGCAUUUAAUGCAAUUGCAGAAGCUGAUGGCAAUUAUAAUUUGCUUGAGCUGUCUAGGCACGCCUAUUGAGGAGGUUGCUGACUCACUGUGGUGGAAGCUUCAGAAAGACGGCGAGUUUACUGUAAAAAUAUGUUAUAAAAAUCUUUUGACGAAUAUGGGAGGCACUCAAAAAGGACUGGCCAUGGAAAACAAUUGCAGCCCUGAGAGCCACCUGUUUCACUUGGAUCGCUACUCACGAAGCUUGUUUAACCAUGACAACUGAAAAAAGGUUUCGUUUUGUGCAACGGAUGCUUUCUGUGUGAAAAUGCCAAUGAAGCAGUAAAUUAUCUACUGGGUCACUGUACCUUUUCUAGACAGAUCAGGACAAUGCUUUUGCCAUUUUUGGUGUCCAAUGGGUCGUGCCAGGAUGCAUUAAACUCUCAGCAGCUGGUAAUCUGGUACGAGCAGUCUUCAUCAAGGGACAACAGGCAUACUGGACUGCUAUUCCUUCCUGCAUUUUCUGGUCUAUUUGGAUGGAGAGGAAUGAUAGAUGUUUCAAUGACAAGAGUAGCAAGAAUAAAAAGGUAUAGCGAGAGUGGAUCACCUUGUCUUGGACCCUUUUAGAAGAGGGAGAAAAAAAUUCUACAGUACCAUUGACGAUGAUAGAUACUCUAACAGUAGUAAUACAAUACUUUAUCCUUUACAAUACUUUGACAAUGUAAACUGGGAAUUCUUAUCCAGGCUAAUGGUUAUGGUAUUUGGAGCCAAAAAUUAUCCUCUGAAAUUUUUCGUAACUCAUGGUAGUGGGAUAUAAAAAUGUUUCUUUUGUGUAUAGGAAUUCGAGAAAUGGUGCCUCACGGUUGGAGUGAGUUCUUUUCUUCCUUUAUUAUACUGUAGAACUGUUUUAUUCGGUUUCUCUACUUAUCCAAGGAUGAUAGCUAGGCGUGGUUGUUGAAGAAUGAAAUGGGUCCUAAUAGGCUAAUAGAGCAGAAUAGAUGUAAAGGAUUCAUGUAGCCAAUCCCAA